AUGAUGGCUGGUCCUCUUUCCACUCAAAAGAUGUCCACUGCACCGGCAAAACAAUUCUCGUUCAGAAGCAUGCUGAGCAUACCCAUCCUUAUCUUGUUCUUCAUCGCCUUCUUUUUCGUAUCUACAUUGAAAAUCAGAAUUGUGUACAGCACAACCACCUCAACCACAACGUCCAUCUGCAACAGCAAUGAUUGCGAUGGCGUCUCAUCUCUACCUGCCAUGCCAGACCAACAACAACAGCAACAGCAACAACCACUCGUCAAGCAUGUGACUCAUCCCAUAGUGCCCAAGCCCACAUCUUAUCCUUUCACUAUCGUUACUGCAUCCAGCGCCAAUCACUUGUGCUCACUCGAAAAUUUCUUGUAUUCACUUUAUAAUCUGCGUGACCAACUUGAAGUUCAUGAAUUUCCUAGAAUCGUUGUCUACAACAUUGGCAUGAAUCGCACUCAGCUACCCGUAUUGGAUCAGUUUGUCGAGAAUGGUUUGAUUGAUGAUUUAGAGACAUUCGACUAUUUCAAAUAUCCUCGUUUCUGGGACGUCGCUAUCAGUGCUGGUGAGUACGCUUGGAAGACUGGCAUUGUACACGAAGCGAGCCAAAAGUAUGUGCAAGAUUCCAAUGGUAUCUUGGUGUGGUUGGAUGCUGGUAAUAUGGUUACACCCGAGUUUAUAAAGAGCAUUCCUUCUACAAUUCGCAAGAAUGGCGGUUUCUGGUCUCCUCGUUCAUCUAAAAACAUGGGCAUGUGGACACAUCCUGGCAUGUACAAGUACUACAAUGCUGACCCUCAAGAGUACGCGAAAAACCCCAACUGUAAUGGCGCUGCUUUGGGCUUUGAUGUUCACAACCAAACAAUCUUUAAUGACAUCAUUCAACCAUGGUACGAGUGUGGUUUGGAUAAGAACUGCAUUGCUCCCCCAGGUUCAUCUCGUUUGAAUCAUCGUCAAGAUCAAGCUGCUUUGACAUUCUUGGCUUAUCGCAGUGGAAAGAAAUGCACAAUGUCACCCAACUACUACAAGCUUCAAAUUCAUCGUGAUAAAUCUUGCAGAGCUGAAUUGAUGGCUAUGGAUAUUCAAGGCAAACUGAACCAUCCUAGCUCAAUGGACUUUCCCAAGUGGUAUGCAAGCAAUACUUUGCAGUUGUAUCAUCAUCCUGAAUGGAGAUAUGCCGAAGACAAGGUGCCUGCAAAUCUCGCUAAUUUGCUAAAUUAUUCCCCUCCACCUCCCACUACCAUCUAA